CUGUAAGCACAAGGUGUACUUGGAAACACUACCAAAUACUAGCAUAAUUAUUCCAUUUCAUAAUGAAGGCUGGACCUCACUCUUGAGAACAAUACACAGUAUUAUCAACCGCACUCCAGACAGCCUGAUAGCAGAAAUCAUUCUGGUGGAUGACUUCAGCGACAGAGAACAUUUAAAAGAGAAGCUGGAGGAAUACAUGGUCCGUUUUGCCAAAGUGAGGAUUGUACGAACCAAGAAACGAGAAGGGCUCAUUCGAACCAGACUGCUAGGAGCCUCACUGGCUAGAGGAGAAGUCUUGACAUUUCUGGAUUCCCAUUGCGAAGUCAACGUGAAUUGGCUGCCUCCCUUGCUUAACCAGAUUGCACUUAACCACAAAACCAUCGUGUGUCCUAUGAUCGAUGUCAUUGACCACAAUCACUUUGGCUACGAGGCACAGGCGGGGGAUGCCAUGCGAGGAGCUUUUGACUGGGAAAUGUACUACAAAAGAAUACCGAUUCCUCCAGAGCUCCAGAGAGCUGAUCCCAGCGACCCCUUUGAGUCUCCUGUAAUGGCUGGAGGACUGUUUGCUGUUAAUCGGAAGUGGUUCUGGGAGCUGGGAGGCUAUGAUCCAGGAUUAGAAAUAUGGGGAGGAGAGCAGUAUGAAAUCUCGUUUAAGGUGCUGAGUGGUCAGGAACACACAGAGGCAGGUAAAAAAAAGAGUUGCUGCUUUAAAAUUUGCUUGACCUUUAUUUCCACGCCAAAAACCCCACAUAUUUCUCUUUUGUUCUCUUCUUACUUGCUAACAUCACUGCAGAGGACAGCAUCAAGCAUAGCACAGGGUGCCAUUCUGAUUAACUCGUGUGUCCAAAUCAGAGCACACACACACACAUUCAGUGGAUGGUUUCACAGCCACGAACCAGGUGCCAAAAUGUGA